AUGAAUGAGAGAUUUGGCAGAAAAGACCUUCCUCAUAUAAUACGAAGACAACUUCAAGAUGUCAAACAAGGUCCCGAAGAGUCCAUAGAAGAGUUUGCAGAUAAAGUUUUGGAAAUGACAACAGACGGAUACCUAGACACGCCUGAAGACUCUCAUUUAGAUCUAAAAAAGUCUGAAACAAGAAGGGUGAAGUUUGAGAUUUCAGAGAGUGAGAGUGAGGAAGAUGAGGAAAAAGUUAACAAAGUUGAAGAUGUAGGCCACUCUUCAACCUAUUCAGACACUUCAGAUAGGCCUCGUCCAAAAGUUAAAUUCAAAGUGACAGCUAUGCAAAAAAAUAUCAUCAUCAAAACUAUAGUAGCAAAAAGACCCCGUAACUUGGCGAGAUCAGCAAGCGUGCUGUCUCUAGAAUUUCCACCAUGUAUUCAUUACAAAGAAUGUCGAAAAUUUAUUACCAGUGUGCAGGAUACCUCUACCUUUUCACAUGUUUUUAACACGUAUCACGGCGCUCAAUCAAGUAAAGAAGCAGACUUUACUGUGCAUGUGUCGGGACAGGGUCAGACGGAUAUCCACGGAGCCUUGACAGUUGGAGAAGUUGCACACAAUUUCUCUUUACGUUCUUUUACAUUUUGCUGCAAAGCACAGACUGAUUCUGAAGUAAGCGAAUUACGACAGCAUGCCGAGAUUGCCACAAAGAAAGCCGUAAAUGCAUUUGAAUUGGUAAUGGCAGGUGGCCGUUCUUUUCCUGACAAGAAACAGAAGAGCUCCGGAAUCAAAGAUGGGCUCUCAAGAAAAGAUGAGUUGUACAACACCUUGAUUGACACCUUUUUUAAGCAACAUAAGCUGGAUAUCCCAAAACCAGUGGCAGAGACAGAGGGCAGCUACGUAGUUCAAUUGUUAUGUAAUGCAUUAUGGUACAUUACAAACCAACAUAUGACAAUUAAUGAUGCUGCACGUGACAGAGAGGCUUUAACUCCAAUUCCUGAUGUAUUUGAUAUUUACCAGGGCUUUAAUGACUUGAAAAGAAAGAAAAUGAAGCAGAUGCCACUUGAUGCUGGAUGUCUUAAAUCUCAUGCAGAAACAUUAUAUAGUGUUCUAUUGAAGCCAGUAACUUCCUCAACUGCAGCAUGGAGGAAGGGAAGCAAAGAAAUUCAGGGCCUGGCUGACUGUCUUGACUCUUAUAGCAAGUACCUAGAAACGAAGAAUAAAGAAAUACAGAAAAACCAUGCAGAGAAUCACCCUGCAAGAACAAUAGCUGAAGAUGCAACUAUUGAGCAUAGGGCACCAACAUUAAUGGUCAAGCAGCAAUACCUACUGCUAGAUGCUGUCAUGAAAGGAAAAGAAGUUGGAGAUAUAUUUGUAGCAUAA